AUGGCCCCUCCUGGCCCCUUAAGGGAUCCGCCACUGAUCAUCGACCUAGAUCCAUCCACUCACCACCCUCUUCGUACCAACCUCAUCGAUGGAAGUAAAUAUGGUAUAUCUGCCACCACUAAAACCUCUCUCUUCUUCGAUGCUACAACUAUUGCUUCAUCACCUUCUUCCGGUGCUGCAUCAACGACCACCAACAUCGUCUCCGCCCCUCUCUAUUCCGUUCGUGAUGUAUUGACAACCAUCUUCCUUGUCAUCAGCCCCUUCAAUUUCCUAUGGAGUUGCAUCUCCGAUCAACCCCCACAUAGUCUACCUAUAGCCAAGGGUAGGUACACUAAUUCUUCACGAGUCAUAUAUAUACCAAUCCCUUUUGCUCUAUGUAUCCAAAUUCCAAACCCACGUCUCCCCUCCGCCUCCCUCCCCUACCCACAGACAACGGCCACCGCACACCUCCGAAGUGGAAAGAGUUGCUGGCGGUGCUCUCCGGCGUCUGGCGGCGUUGCUCCAGUGCCUGAUACCAUAAACAAGUAG